GGGUGACGGUGGCGCUGGAGGUGGCGGAGCUGCAGGAGGCCGUGGCCGCUGCCACCUCCCGCUACCGGAGCCUCCUGCGCCAAAAGUGUCACCUCCCCGGGGACACCCCGACUGCGGGGGACACCCCGACCCCCGGGGACACCCGGACCCUUGGGGACACCGGGACCCCCGGGGACACCGCGACCACGGGGGACACCCCAACCCCCGGGGACACCCGGACCCUCGGGGACACCGCGACCAUGGGUGACACUGAGACCACGGGGGACACCAAGACCACAGGGGACAACGAGAUCCUUGGGGACACCAAGACCAGGGGUGACACCGAGACCACGGGUGACACCCAGACCCUCGGGGUCACUGGGACCACAGGUGACACGGACCCCCCGGGUGACAACACGGAUCCCUCCCGGUGACAGCGCCGUCCCCGUGUCCCCGUGACGUGGGCGUGUCCCCAAUAAAGUCCCCCCCCGCGGA